CUGAACUCCGAGCUGAUCGUAGGCAGCUACAUAUCUGCUCUAUUGAGUGCGCUGAUGAGCAACACUAUCAUCCGAGGAGGAUCAUGGACUAAACAUGGCCCACAAUAAGAGCUUUUUCUUUGAAGCCCUGGAUAGAUCAGAGACCAGGCGAGAUGGAGGGUACAAGCACAACUGGAGCUUUUCUCUUUCUGGUGACUGUGAAGAGGAAAGGAGACAUGAUGCGAGUGUGGUGAGUGUGGAGGACAUGGACCGGCAGCCGCUGAGCUCCCCUGAGGGGAAAAAGUCUCCCACUCUUAGGCACUUCACUCACUCGGAUUCCUUGAGGACGUAUGAAAACCGGACGAAUAAUCACAUGAAGCCUCUGACCAGGCUGGCACCUAAAAGGCUCAGUGAGGGCCCUCUCACAGUCGUGGUGCCGUCCAUGUCCAACGGACCCACACGCCUAACGUCUGCACCUUCACAAGGAAUUUUUAUACAAGGGCGCCACUUUCAGCACGCACAACUGCCCUCCGCAAUAAGGAAACCAGUCCAAAGAAACGACUUCUCCACCACACAGCAAGCUCUCGAGGUAGACAACAUCGUCCUCACAUGCCCAGAGAUGCCAGAGGAGGAGACCCUGAACAUAAAACGUCGUGUCCAGCAGAAGAGGAAACCGUUGGAGGGAUGCAGCUUUUCUUCGCAGGUCAAAGCAGCAGAGCCUCUCCGGUCGACCGUCUGCUCGAGGAUGUGUGUGAAGUGCAACAAACCAAGUAACGACAGCAGCAAGUGUCAGAACUGUGGGAACAAUCUAUCGACGCCGCCGUGCCAGCAGACUACGCUGCCCACCCCGGCCCUGCGGCCCUCCAUCAGAUCCCAGCCCUCCUCUGGACCAAACAGCCUGCAGCAAAACUUUUACAAACCGGUCGUGACCGCAAGGGUUCCCCGCGGGGACGCCCUGUCCACACGGCUCGCGACCACCAGGGGGACCCUGCUGCCUCUGAACAACGGGAGGACGCCCCUGUUAGCAGGGACGUCGAGCUGCUGCGCGGCCAGAAACCCACCCAAAGCUAUGAGGGCGGCAACGGUGGCACAGCAGCACGAACUGAACGAUCCUAUCGUCCUGUCCAGUGAUGAGGAGGAGGAAGAGGCCGACAACGCCAGCACGGGAAGCGUCAACAGAUUGGACAGUGUUUCCCCUCGACCCGCCGACUCUGCUCACUCCUCUCCGGCGCCCUCCGGAGGCAGGGUGGAAGCGGCGGUGAAGAGCGUCGCAGAGCAGGAGGAGGUGAACCUGGACUUCUUUGAAGAAAUGGUGAGCACGAAGCUCACGAUACCUCGGCGAGCGCGGAUGAAAGAUCAGUUUGGGAAUCAACCUCCCGAGCAGUUCUCACCGAGGACGAAGAAACCCAAAUUCGAGUCCAGCCUGUGCGACAGCAUCAUCCUGGAGUGUCGGAGCGUAAGAGUGGGAUCUCUACGCAGGAUGGUGACGAAGCCCGUCGUCUUUUCCAUCGAGCACAUCCAGCUGGAGACCGAAGGCUCAGAGCGCGGCACUGUAGAGAAGGUGUGCCUUCAGGCGUCGGAGCUGAUCAGCUGCGAGUGGUGCAACGUGCGGAAGCUUCCCGUCUUGUUCUUCCAGACGACCCCACAGGAGUGCCAGCGCCUGCGCACUCAGCUCAACAUGUCCAAGGAGAAGGGAGGCCAGUGGUACGACUGCACAGGAGACGAGUCGGACGAGAAGUACAUCGUCCUCAUCUUCGAGAACGGCCUGCCGAUGAAGGAGCAGAUGAUCCUGGAGGACAUCCUGGGCGAGAUCGGCAGGACCAACAAACUCAUCCCCUUCCCUGCCAAGCUGCCCUUCGAGGAGGCCAACAUCCGACUCGUCAACUACAACAAGGCGACAAAGCAGAGGGAGGAGAAGGUGAAGCCGGUACACACCCCACCCAAACUCACCUCCACCUCCUCCCCAGUAACCAAGGCUUCACAGGUCUCCCCUGUAGCAUCCGUCAGCAUGCCUGUGCGCACGCGGAUGGCCACCCGACAGCAGACCAGCGCCUUCUUUGAAGAUGAUGAAGACGACAUGACCGACCUGCAGCCCACCUUCUCCGGACCAAUCAUCAAGUUAAUGGUGUACCCUCCUCCUCCAGCCAAAGGUGGAAUAACCGUCACUAAUGAAGACCUGCACUGCCUUAAUGAUGGGGAAUUCCUUAACGAUGUUAUCAUAGACUUUUAUUUAAAAUAUUUAGUUUUAGAGAAGUUAAAAAAAGAAGAUGCACAAAGAAUCCAUGUGUUCAGCUCUUUCUUCUACAAACGGCUGAACCAGAGAGAGCGCAGGAACGCCCCUGACACAACAAACCUGCCAAUCCAGAAAAGGAAGCACAACAGGGUAAAGACGUGGACUCGACAUGUGGAUCUAUUCCAGAAGGAUUUUAUUUUCGUUCCUAUCAAUGAGUCAGCGCACUGGUACCUGGCCGUUAUCUGCUUCCCGGGCCUUGACCGUCCGGUGCUUGAACAGAACCCGCUGUACCACAGCCCGUUUCCUGCCACCCUCACCGCAGAGUCUGAGGAGAACAUCCCAGACCACUGCCGGCCUCUGUCUCCGGACAGAGACGGGCUGGACAGCUCCUCGGAGCAGCUUUCACCCGGAGGAGCUCCCGAGGGGUCCUUGGACGAUCUGACUGAUGGCGAACUCGCUACUGAAAGCUCUGCAUUCACGGAGGGUGGGCAGCAAGAGCCCUCUGCAAUGUCAGGGAACGGCCAGGUCAACGGCGAGCAACAAUACACGAGUGGAUUGCACAGAAUCAGUAUGUGCUACGGUUCAGGAAAAGUGGAUGACGACCCCUACACCUUCUCCGAUGACCAGAGCUCCUGUCAGCAUCGAGUUCUGCAAUCCUCUGCUUUCUCUCACUCACAUACACACAGCACCUGUUCUGACGCAUCUUCCCAGCGACCAAUCAGUUGCCUCCAUUUAUCAAUCAUAGAAAUAAUCUGCUUGGAGUGCAUAAAAUGCUUUAACGUUGAGGCUACUCGGACCUGCUCUGUGGGUUUUGUGGCAUCUGACUGCGUCUGCUUUUGUUUUAGGUACCUGGAGGUGGAGUGGGAGGUGCGUAAAGGCACUCAAAGGAGUUUUGGGAAGGACGUCAUGAAGGGUUCCAGCCCACGCGUCCCUCAGCAGGACAACUUCAGCGACUGUGGCGUUUACAUCCUGCAGUAUGUAGAGAGCUUCUUUGAGAAUCCGAUUCCCAGCUUCCACCUGCCCAUGAACCUGUUGGAGUGGUUCCCUCAGCAGAGGAUGAAAACGAAGCGCGAGGAGAUCAAGGAGCUUAUCCGGAAGAUUCAAGCUCAGCAGGAACUGGACAAGAAGGAGUCCGACCAGGUCGAGGCUCCGCCGGGCUCCCCAGAGGAGCCGGAGAUCGAAGAGACAUCUGGGUUGAACGGCAGACCGCCAAACGUACCCAUUAGCCCCUGAAUCCACCUCACCCCCUUCCUGUUUGGCGUGGGAGGGGGGCGUGGACCUGAUUGUACGCUGCUGGUUUCACUUUGACGUGUCUGAAACGUUCCUCACCUCCCUCCGUUAACCACAGACCACACCUGAACUUUGUACUGAAUAAAUGAUGAAGUGUAAAUAUGCCGGAGUUUCUCCCGCUGCCUUUGUAAUUUACUGUUUUACGAGUCAUUCAUGGAGUGCCCCGUUAAGUUAUGUUUCAUAGAUGUUCUUCUCUCUGCAGGAGGAUCCCUGCAGAAGAUACUGUCUCGCUCUCGCAUUGGUUAUUUUCUAAGCUUUCAGGUUUGUGUAGAUAAACAAAAGGAGAAGAAUAAAAGAACAGAAAAUUGCUAAGUUAUAAGGAUCCGCCCGUCUGAGGAGAGAAACGGUUUUCGGAGAGUUGAUUUCCAGCUCGUGAAUCACACGGUCGUAGUUCAGUGCUUGUUGUGUCUCUUCCAUGUGGAGUGGAUAAAUUUUCAGCAUUAAAAGAAAACUUUUGAUGCAAGAGCA